AUGGUUUAUCGCGGUAAGCCCAGCAGAGCGUGCUUAGAAUGUCGAGCGAAAAGAAGAAAGUGCGACUUAGCAAGACCAUCAUGUCGUCAAUGUGCCAGGGCUGGCUCCAGAUGUGUCGGAUACCGAGAUCAGAAUUCUCAUGCCUUCCGCGAUCAAACUGUGGAGACUCUGGGCAAAGUUCAACCUUUUUCUGACAAUAGCCCGCCUCUGAUCCGUGGCAAUCAGGCAGUCUCCAUAAGAUCCGAACGAUAUCAACAGGCUGGGUCUAAAAUCACGGUUUCACUUGAGGAUCAGGCUCUGUAUUUCUUUUCCUACCACUAUCUUGUCAAUGGACCUAGGCGCCCUCCCAGCUAUCCUGACUGUUUGGCCAUAAUAUACGCGCGAGCAACCGGACACGGAUACUUGGCUAAGCUGAUCAGUGCUGUCGGAUUGGUUAGCCUGGCAUAUCUGAGAAAUGCACCCACCUUAACUCAAGCGGCGAGGCAGACGUAUUCUUGGGCUCUUCGCGAUGUACGUGCGGCACUCGCGGACCCGGCUGAAGCAGCAUCCGACCAGAUGUUAGUCGCUGUGAUGGUUCUCGUGUUGUACGAAACAGUAACUUCUAACUCCAGUAACAGUCUUAGUCCGUGGGAUAGACAUGUGGAUGGAGCCCUGGCAUUGGUGCAGCUCCGAGGGGUAGGCCAGCUACGUAACAGAAUCGGUCGAAACAUUUUUCUUAACUUGCGCACUGAAGUCUUGAUCAACUGUCUUCAGCGCGGCGUGCGGGUACCAAUCACCUUGAUAAAUUGGAUGAGUGAGGCCCGGCAUUUCGAAACCGCGGAAGAGGCACCUGCUGGUAACCUGGCAGACUUGAUUGUCAAUGCCUGCGCCGUUCUUGCCACGGUCAAGGAGGAAGCCACAGACAAGGCGGAUUUGUCUCGUUAUAUGUCAACACUAUUGUCAAUUGAUCAAGAUUUCAAGUGCUGGACUGAAAACCUUCCCACUGACUAUCAAUAUAACACCUUAACGAUCCCAAACGAUUCUGGAGAAAUGUACUUGGGACGAUACGAUACUUAUUCUGGCGUGGAGAUGGUUCACAUCUGGAACUUGCAGCGCUGUGCGCGCAUCACUCUCCACCAAGCACUCAUUGACUUGUUAUUACUUCACUUCGACAUGGGAUUUUCCCAGCCAGCACCCUUACCAUCCACGGACCUGCUCAGUACUUCGAACACUGUUGUACGCGAGAUCUCCCGUGACAUUUGUCGCAGUGUUCCAUACAUCAUCCAUCUCUGUGAUAAGCCAGGCAAACCAGGUGAUGUGAGAGGUGCUUGUAUUAUGCCUCUGUUAUGGCCCCUCUACAUUGCAGGAACAGCACAUACUGCCAACGAUAGCUUGCGUGAUUGGGUCAUAGCCCGGAUGAAUAAGAUCGAAAAGGUCACUGGAAUUCAAAGAGCAAGGUUUGUGGCUUUGGAUAUACAACAGCGCUGUUUAUUUCCAGAUUGA